AUGGCAAGAAUUACGCAAUUCUGGCUUCCUUACAACGUGUCAGAGCGCGCAGAUAGCGCUUGGUUCAUCGACAGACUACACAAAAAGUACGGAGAGUAUGUGAGGAUCGGGCCUAACUUGCUGUCGAUUGCGGACCCAGACAUGGUAGAGCCUAUACAUGCUCCAGGGACUAGGUUCACCAAGGGUCAAUGGUACGACGUCGCGAAGCCAUUGACCACUGUCCAACAAAUGAGAGAGAAGCACAUGCACGAUAGACAUCGCAAGAGCGCUUGGGACCCAGCCUUCACCGCGAGUUCACUACGUAACUACGAUCCACGAAUAUUGAAACAUGCGAACAAAUUGAUGUCCCACCUGCGAAAUACGUCAGGUCAGUCGGUGAAUGCGACCCAGUGGAUGAGCUUUUUCUCUUUCGAUGUUAUGGGUGAUCUCAGCUUCGGAAAGCACUUCGGUCUGCUGGAGACCGGAAAGCCACAUCUAUACAUGGAACUUGUUCAUACCAACGGCAGAGCAUUCGGUGUUUUCGGCUCGUGCGGCUGGCUCUUACACACCGUUAUGGCUCUCAUCCCUGAGGAAUGGACACCUAUGAACAAAAUGCUUCUCUAUAGCAGAGAAGCUAUCAAAGACCGGAAAGCGUACGAGCCAGCCUUGCCAGACAUCAUGAGCUCACUCCUGAAGGUGGACAGAUUCAUGAGUAGCGCGAAGGACGAGGACCUGCUACUAGAAGGCAAUAAGUUAAGGCAAGAGCUCGUCGAAAAUGGCAUACGCGACGAUGACACGUUCGAGGUCUCGAAGGUUGCCAAACUUCCAUACCUGAAUGCUGUAAUUGACGAAGCACUACGCAUGCAUCCUCCUACUCCCGGCGGACUUCAUCGAAAACCUCCACCAGAGGGCGUCAGACUGGGCGAUCAUUAUAUUCCUGGUGAGAUCCAAGUACUGACACCCACGCACUCAAUCCAGCACUCAAUCCGAGCCUUCGUGAAGCCAGACGAAUUCAUACCUGAACGAUGGACAACCCAGCCGGAGCUUAUUCUCAAUAAGCAAGCAUUCUUCCCAUUCAGUAUGAACAGCUGGGGAUGCAUCGGCAAGCAACUAGCAUACAACGAGCUCAGGACCGUGGUUUCUAAGCUUGUGCUCGGGUUUGACAUGACCUUCGCACCCGGAGAAGACGGGACUGAUAUCUUGACCAAGAGCCAAGAUGUCUUCACGGUCACCUGUGCUCCCCUGCACCUCGUCUUUACGCCCGUCGAGGCAUGA